UCACCGACAGCUGUGGGGUUUUCAUUAUCUGUCCGGCCACUAAUAAUCAGUUGUUGGACCACCGUCGGAGCCGUUUUUCCUGCAUUCUUAUCGUGUUUUGGUUAUGCUCAGACUUCGUGUUCAGCUGGAGAAGUCAGUCAAUUACAAAACUAUGCUCUAAAUAUUACGGUUUAGAGACAGCGUCACGCCCACUGCUCUGUAAAGACAGUACGAUAGGCUCAAUGGUACAGUUGGUAGCUGAAGAAAGAACCUGCCCCACACAGUGCGAUCAGCUGGCCGACCUAUGUUCGCUAGCAAACCUCGAUAGCUAGCACCCGUAGCAGCAAAGUGGUACCCACAAAUAUUUGGUUGUACGAUUGGCGUUACCAAGCUACCUAGCUGGAUCGGAGUAGGUCUGAGUUUCUCAUCUGACUGACAGCAUGUCUGUCGGGUAGUGUUGUUAUCAUUUCGGAUUUGAUUUGUUUUAAUGAUCGACCUUUCUGGCAUUUUUCUCGGAGGAGAGAGAGAUGGGCUCCGGGGCCGUGGAUUCGUCCCAGUGGUUGUCAGUGAAGGAAGAGACUAUUUUCCUUCACGAUGGACUGAUUCGGGUCACGGAUCUGGCUGAACUGCCCAGUGAAAUCGGUGUGUCUGAGCAGGGGGACACUGAGCAGGAGAUCCUCACAUUCGAAACGAAGAACCCUGCGGAGCUGGCUGAGCGUCUCCGUGCCGUCUGUGGUAACCAAAGCAAUGCGUAUGCCCGCCUGUUUGAGUACCGUUUGAAUGCGCUGCGGGGCCUGUGGGGGGCCCAGCGUCAGCUGGCCCUGGAGGAACAGCAGGACCGGGAGGGGGCCGGGGGGGGAGAUGAGGAGGCCCUGGCCCUGCUAAAACGACAGGGCCUGCUGCAGCAGCCUGAACAGGCGCCUUUCACUUCCCGUGUGGGCCUGCUACUGGUCUUCCCCCUGCUGCAGUCCCAGACACGCAGUGACCCAGCGCUCUGUGGGGUCACAGCGGAGGUGCUGCUGUCUUGCCUGCGUGACUGCCAGCCCCUCAGCCUCAGCAAGGAACCCGCAGACUGCCUCAACGGCCUGGAGGGGCUGCUCUGCUCCUGGCUGGAGGAGGGGGUCCAGCAGACAGCACAGACCCAGCAGGGACAGGCUCCGACAUACAUGUUCCAUGCACACAGGCAGAGGGAGAACGCCGCCGCUGCCCUGGUAGCCCUCGCCUGCGCCAGGGGGUCCUUAAAGACCUUUAUCCACACUGUUCACCUGCUGCAGAAACAGACAGACCUGGGCCAGCUCCCUGUGGCUGAUGUGCUCUACAAACUCCUAGUGCUGGAGGGGGGGCCAGGCUCCCCGUCCUGUCUGCUCGGGGGCAAGCACAGCGUUUCCUGGGGCUUUGAGGACAUGCUGCCUACACCUGACAGCAGCAAUGGAGGGGCAGAGAGCAAAGACACAGACCUGGGGCGCUGUCUGGCCACAGACGGGCUCUAUCUCUACACCACUAACUCCUUUGGGAGAGGAAUCAGCAAGCUGGGCUCCGGUUUGCACGGGACACUGAGAGGGUUUGUGUACUGUCGGAAUGAGGAGUUUGAGGCGGGCUGGGUGGUGUUCAGCAGCGGCCGCCUUCUUCACCGCCCCGCCUCCUUUGAUGCCAAGCCUCAUCAGCUGUGCCAGGUCAUCGACCCCUUCACCCUGCAGGUGUGCCAGGUCGUUCCCAUGCCAGCCCACCACUUCCCUGUGGGCAGCAGCGUGACCACGCUGCACCUGUGCUCAGAUGGAACCUACCUGUACUGGGUGUGGUCUCCCGCCAGCCUUAACGAGAAGACCCAGAAAGGCCACUCCAUCUUCAUGGAUGUCUUUCAGCUGUCGCUGGAGACAGGGUUGUGUGUGGCAGACGUCCUGCAGGAGAGGGUGAUCCUGACACGGAAGGAGGGCGAGUCUUCCAAGUGUCUAAACGAGCUGCUGCUGAGCCGCAUGUCGCGCUUCCGCGCCUCCCACUCCGCCACGCUGGCCGCUCUCACCGGCUCUGCCAUCUCCAACACUGUCAAGGAGGAGCAGUCCGCAGUGAACACUAGCUGUGGCCUCCCUCUGAAGACUCUGAGGAAGACGCCCAUGUAUGUGUGUGGGACCUCUCUGGUGAUGCUGGCAUCUCCGCCCGGCGUGUCUGGCAGUUCUACCACACGCUCCCUGUUUGGAGGCACCAGCGGUCUGUCCUCCCUGAAAAUCCUCUCCUCCAGUCUGGUGUUCAACCUAGCUGAUGGUCAGUUCAGCAGCCGGGCAGACCUCAUUGAUGCCCCUGGCAGUUCUCUGGGCAGGGGUGCCCAGGUGGCAGGGCUAGGAGCCUGCUAUGACGCCCUCAACAACUUGAUCUGGACCUGCUCCAGUGACUACAUGGACCAGUGGUGUAACCCUGGCAACCAGGCCUUCCAUCACAUGUGCCAUAGGCUUGGCGUCAGCAAUGUCAUCAAAGAACCCAAAGAGGAGACCGUGGCCACCGGUGAGGUGAUCAACCAGCUGCUUCACCAUGUGGGCGCUAUGUGCAUCCACCAGCUCAACCUGCUGGCAGCCAGCAGUAGCCUGCCCCUGGGCACCCUCCUGGGCAAGCAGCACCCCAUCGAUGCUCGCCACUUCAGCAGCAUAUGUGACAUCAUGGAGAAAGCCAUGGUCAAUGGGGACAGCUGCAUCAUCCGCUGCAUCUUGGUGGUGUUCCAGGUGGUGUUCAGGUUCUUCAACCCUCAGUCGGAGCAGAACAGGGAGAGCGUGCGGCGUUCAGGUCUGCUCCUGUGGCAGCUGCUCAUGGCACCGGUGGAUCAGAUCGGACCAGAGAUCCAGGCAGAAGUGUGCCUGGCUAUCAGCUCGGGUUUGAAUACCUUGUAUCAGGGGGAGUCUGAACUCAACAACCUGCUGAAGCUGGUCCUGACAGAAGGGGAGAGGAACAGUGGUCUGUCUCAGCUCCGUGAUGUCAUCCUCACCAACCUGGCUGACCAGCUGCAGAAAAAUCGAUUUGGGAGUGACGAAGAUGACCACUACAGACUCAGUGAUGAACUCCUGCACAGCAUCCUGAAAACCGUUGUCCGUGAAUCCUGCCGUCUUAUCACCAAAUGUCAGACUGUCGCCAGGGACGACUUCCAGAAGCUUCUCUCCACUGUGCCAGUGGCCUCAUCAAGCCUGCGCUACCUCAUGGCCAUUCAGAACCACCUGCUUAGCAACACUGUUCUGAUCUGCCCCGACGACAACGACGACAGUGACAACUCCCUACAAGGGGAAACAAUGAAGGUACAGGAGCUGCAGACCAGCAUCCUGUCGCUGGCCACCAAGAUCCUGGUGGGGUGUGACGAGGUGCUGGAGAGCUUGCAACAGGUGACCACUGCCCUCAUCAACAGUGACAUCACCGACCGAGAGACCAGGCUGAAGGGCUUGGAGCAGAUUACCAAGGCUACAAUGCUGGGGCACCUGCUGCCGGUUCUGCUCACCUCUCUGAUGCACCCCAACCUGCAGACACUUGCGCUCGCCGACGCCCUCAUGCCCCAACUAGUGCAGCUAGUCCUCUACACCAGCCAGACUGCUCUGCUGCUCAAGACCCAGUCUCCUCUCUUCACUGACAGCACUCCAUUGGUUGGAGGGCCGCUGGGCCAAAAGACGCCUGCUGCUGCUGAAGACAGCUUUAGAAUCCUAGAUGAGCGGGAGGAGCCAGGCUUCCUAACAGGCCUGAAGAUCCCUGCGCCGUGGGCUGCUGGGAAGACGGUGGAGACGGUCCACCCGGUGCGAGACAACUAUAAGUUCAAAGAGACGGUACACAUUCCAGGAGCACGCUGCCUUUACCUGCGCUUCGACUCCCGCUGCUCCUCACAGUACGACUACGACAAGUUGGUGAUGUAUGCCGGGCCCAACACUAACAGUCGCAAGGUGACUGAGUAUGGAGGCAACACUCUGGGCUAUGGCAGUCGCAGUGUCCUAGGGACAGGUUGGCCCAAAGACCUGGUCAAGGUGGAGGGGGACACAGUGACGUUCUCCUUUGAGAUGAGGAGUGGGCGCGAGCACAACACCCCAGACAAAGCUAUGUGGGGGUUCUCCUGCACUGUCCGAGCGCAGGAGUCAUCAGAGGAUGUCUCUGGGGGUCUCCCCUUCCUGGCAGACCUGGCGUUAGGUCUGUCUGUACUAGCCUGCUCCAUGCUCCGCAUCCUCUACAACGGACCUGAAGUAACCCGAGAGGAGGACGCCUGCCAUGACCUGCUCUGCUCCAAGCUGCUCCAAAGGUGCCAAUGGCAGGUGGAAGCUAAUGGUGCCAUCUCUCCAGCCCUAACCCCCAGUCCCUCUCCGCUACCCCUCACCAUCGAGGAGGACCGGGAGUUCACCUACCCCUCUGACGUGCUCAUCCCUCCCCCGGGCCUCAUGCCUGGGGCCUACUUUGACCUGCCCCGUAUCCGCCUGCCUCCAGGAAUCAUGGGCCGGCUACGAGAGGUGUCCGGCAGGGGGCGACCACAGUUCCGUCCCAGCAUCAAGGAGGUGAUCAGGCCAGACGUUAUGGAGGAGGUCAUAGUGUCGUGUGUGAUAAAGCAUCUGACGCUGGUGGAUGCUCUCCAGUCGCUCGUCAACUUCCAGUACCGCGAGGAGCACGCUGAGGAGUACGACCUGCUCUGUAAGAUCAUGGCCGAGACUUUCAAGAAGAUCAACGCCAUGGAGCGCCAGCUGCAGAGUGUAGCAGAGCUGGAACAGAAGUGGCAGAACGAGGUGGAGGAAGCUCAGCAGGGGAAAGCUAGAGAACAAUGCUCCAUUCUUCCGGAGAAGUUCUUCCAGGAUGUGAACUCUGUCCACCUAAAAGGUGCUGUGCCGCUGACCAAAACCAAAGCCCUGGUGAAGAGCCUGAUGAACCGCACAGAGCUGCUGCUCCACGUCACCAUCGCUCCUCACUGCAGGAGCCUGAACACCACACCUGCUGGCACGCCAGCCUGUAAGUCUGUGUCAGACACUAAGACGGUGGUCCCCGGGGUGAAGCAGCCAGUCUUCCUGCGCAGCAUGUCUGCACCCUCCGACCUGGAAAUGAUUGCCAACCAGGACCUGGAGUUCACACACAUCAGCCAAAGGAGGCGACACCACCCUACCAGUCACCGCAGCAGCUCCUUCACACUGCUGCAGUCUCUAGCCAUGGAGGACUGCCGGGACAAGCCAACGUACAGUGUGCUGCUGGGACAGCUCUUUGCCUUCAUUGGGACCACGCCCGACCAGUCAGUGUCCAGCAGCAGUUUCCUGUCUGCGGCUCAGACACGGUGGAGGCGGGGCAGCACGAGGAAGCAGGCCUUGGUUCACAUGAGGGAGCUGCUCACCGCCGCAGUCAGGGUGGGCGGGGUCACUCAUCUGGUGGGCCCUGUUACCAUGGUGCUGCAGGGAGGGCCCAGGAUCGAAGAGCUGACCUGUGGGGGAAUGGUGGAGCAGGUGCAGGAGGCCUUUGGGGAGACCAUGACGUCUGUAGUGUCACUAUGUGCGCGCUACCCCAUCGCUUGUGCUAACAGUAUCGGCAUGCUCUGCACCAUCCCCUAUACCAGGAGUGAGGAGCAGUGCCUGGUGCGCAGUGGUCUGGUCCAUCUGAUGGACCGCCUGUGCAGCUUGAGUGGCCAGAGGGACUGCAGCUCCAAUGAGAAGCAAACCAAGAAGCAGAAGGUGGCCACCAUGGCCUGGGCUGCCUUCCAGGUGCUGGCCAACCGCUGCAUCGAGUGGGAGAAGGUGGAAGGUGGUUCUACAGAUGCGGUGCACUCGGGUCUGGCCCGGCAGGUAUCCAGCCUGCUGACCAACCACCUGGCCAGAGCCACAGAGUGCUGUGGGAACCAGGCAGCAGGGAACGACGCCCUGCAAGAUGUCCUCAGCCUGCUCAACGACCUGUCCAGGAGCCACAUAGGGAAGGCAAUCCUGAGCCAGCCAGCCUGUGUGUCCAAGCUCCUGUCCCUGCUGCUGGACCAGCGGCCGUCUCCCAAGCUGGUGCUGAUCAUCCUGCAGCUGUGCCGCGCUGCCCUGCCCCUGAUGAGUGUGGAGGACUGUGGCAACGUGGCGCUGCCCGCCUGGAGCUACUCCAUCAACACCCUGGAUGCUGAGCAGCAGGACGCCGCCGACCCCGCCUCGCGCAUUGCAGCCCUGCUGCUGGCCAAGCUGGCUGACUACGUAGUACCAGGCUGCCAGACCCUGCUGUCCCCCAGCUCCUCAGAGCCAGACACCAGCCUGAGCCGCUCCAGCCCCAAGGGAACCCUGAAGUCUGAUAAGGACGCUGGGGAGGAGAGCGAGGCUGUGGAUGGCAAACUGUCCAUAUUUAUCCACAAGAGGGAGGACCAGUCCUCUCAUGAGGUGCUCCAGCCACUGCUCAGCAGUUCAGAGGGCCGGCCAUUCCGCCUUGGAACUGGAGCAAACAUGGAGAAAGUGGUGAAGAUGGACAGAGACAUGACCAAGAGUGGUAGCUGUGAGGUAAUCACAGAGGAGGCUGCAGCCGCCCUGAGGAAGGCCAAUAAGUGGGCCCAGUCUGGGCUGAUAGUCAGCGUGGGCCCGCCUGUGGAGGCUCUGGCACAGGAGGCCGCUGGAGGAGUCACCACGGGGGACAAGAAGAAGACCGCUCAGACCGCUGUGUGUCGGGACAGGAACUCUGAACUGGCCAGGUCCGACCCAAUCAGGCCCUUCAUCAGUGGCCAUGUGGCCAACAGUAUGGCUGCUGAGGUUAUCGCCCUGCUGCACAGCCUGCUCACAGCACCUGAAUCAAACACCGCCCAGAUCUGGACCAGCACUGCAGAGAAGGUGCUGUCCAGAGCACUGAUGUUCAUCCCACAGCUGGGGAAGUAUGCUGAGAGCAUCCUGGAGAACGGUAGCAGCAGCAGCAGGAAGCUGGCCAAACUCCAGGCCAUCGGCAGGCAGGCUGUAGCGGCACUCUGCGCCCUUGGAGGCUUCAAGGAGACCAUCAAGAUAGGCUCAGAGGUCCAGGUGGUGGGUAAAGGAGUGCUGGACAGCGUGGGCCUGGUCAUGUCCAUCAAUGAGCAGGAGGGCCUCGCCACAGUAAAGUUCCCUUCCUGCGAGUACAAGAAGGCCUGCAAGGCCUCCGACAUCCUGACGGUGCCCAUCUCCCGCCUCUGCACUCCCCGCUCUGAGGCGCUGCCCCUCUACAAGCUGUCUAUCACAGAGAAGGUGGUGCAGGCGGUACAGUCCAUGCUCCUGCCACAGGAGGGUAGUCUGUCCAUCCACACCUCCCUCCCCGCCUCAGGAGAUGGCUCUAGUCCUGUCAUGGCCGCUGUCCGCCUGCUGGCUGAAAUCAGGACCAGGGCAUGUCUGGUGAUGGCCCAGCUCCUGGAGGACAGCUCGUUCUGUGAAGAGUUCAUUCAGCAGUGUCCUGCUGCUGUGGAGGUGCUUAACCUAGUGGCCCAGGAGUGCAGUCCUGGGGAGCGUCUGGGCAUGGUCGAGGCACAGUGUGAGCGAGUGAGGAUGCUGUACCGAGACUGCGCUCGACCACCACCCCCUCCCCUCCAGACAGACAGGUGCCAGCCCAAGGAGAUUACAUGGAGUCCAACCAGGGUAUUCCCUCCAGUGCGUGCCUGCAUGUUCUCAUCCCGCCUUACCUCCGUCACCUUCCUGGCCGACCCCAGCGCUGGAGGAGGCCUGCCCAGGGGAACCUUCAUCUAUGCCACCUCACCUGUACCUGUUCAGGCUCCUUCCUUUUACUGGGAAAUAGAGAUUGUCUCCUAUGGAGACUCGGAAGACGACAGCAGCCCUAUUGUGUCUUUUGGUUUUGCCACAGAGGCGGAGAAGAGAGACGGAGCAUGGACCAAUCCUGUUGGCACCUGCCUCUUUCACAAUAAUGGUAGGGCUGUGCACUAUAAUGGCUCCAGUCUGCUGCAGUGGAAGAGUGUGAGGCUGGACGUAGCCCUACUUCCUGGGGAUGUGGCGGGCAUUGGCUGGGAGCGCUCUGAGGGCACCCCUCCACCCCCUGGCCAGGUCUCUAAAGGGCGGGUCUACUUCACCUACUGUGGCCACCGCCUCAGCCCCUUCCUGGAGGAUGUAGCAGGGGGCAUGUGGCCUCUGGUGCACAUUCAGAAGAAGAACACAAAGAUUCGUGCCAACUUUGGUUGCCGGGCAUUUGCGUACGCAGAGGGCCAAGCACACCGCAAUGCUGCUGACUUUUGUGUUGACCUGGCAGAGGAAAUCAGUGCCAACUUCGAGGCCCUCCCCUUCGCCAUGGCAUCCGACAGCGACAAUGAUGCGGGUGCUAGUGUGGCAUCUGACUCUGGAUCCCACGGACCUCCCUGUCGGAUCGCCGCGGUAGCAGUUGCUCAGCAACAGUACAACAGUGACUCGUCGUGUCUCUACAAGGUAGAGCUGAGCUACGAGAACCUGGUCACCUCAGGGCCUGAAGCACACCCCCCGCCUAUCGCUGACGAUGAGAGUGAUGACGAAGAUGAUGACGAUGUUCCCAGGGAGGACCACUAUGCCCUGCUGGUGAAGGCCUGGGAGACCAAGGUGUUCCCCACCAUCCGCCGUCGCUUCCGCAAUGAGGCAGAGAGGAAGUCUGGUCUGGACCAGAUCAAGGGAGCACUGCAGCUGGGCAUGGUUGACAUAGCCCGGCAGACAGUGGAGUUCCUGUAUGAAGAGAACGGUGGCAUCCCCCGGGACCUCUACCUCCCCACCAUCGAGGACAUCAAGGAUGAGGCCAACAAGUUCACCAUCGAUAAAGUCCGCAAAGGUUUGACCGUGGUCAUCCGCUGUCCAGACAGCAACAACACCAACAGCACCACAGGCGGAACAGCCCUGCCCAAGUUUGCCAUCCGAGGAAUGUUGAAAACCUUCGGUCUGCACGGAGUGGUUCUGGACGUGGACUCAGUAAAUGAGCUGGUACAGGUAGAGACGUACCUGCGCAGUGAGGGGGUGCUGGUAAGGUACUGGUAUCCCAUUGAGAUGCUGGAGCGUCCCCCUGUUGGAUCCCGCCGUACUGCUGCCAAUGGCCUUGUUAAUCUCGACAGCAGUAACAUCCAGAUCCAUAGGGAGCUUCUGCGCUGUGAGAGUGCCCUUGCUCGGCUUUACUGCCGCAUGGCGCUACUCAACAUCUUUGCCCCCAAGAGCCCCCACACCUUCACCCGCCUCCUCCACAUCCCAGCCAUUAGAGACAUCACUCUGGAACACCUGCAGCUGCUGUCCAAUCAGCUGCUAGCUCCGCCUCUGCCUGAUGGCACCAUCAGCUCCAGCGCCAUCCUGCUGGCCCAGUCCCUACUCCACAAUCUGCAGGGCCAGAGCUGUUCUCCCACAGAACUGUUUUACCAGGGCAACGCACAGCCCAUCCGGGAGUGGCUCACCGUGGCCAUCACCCGCGCCCUGCACCAGGGGGAGGAGAGCCUGCUGGAGCUCACCAAGCAGAUCUGUUGCUUCCUACAGAAUGCACCAGAGCAGUUCACUUCAGAGGACUUCCCGGUAUCAGAGUCAAAGGUCAGCAUGGAUGUCAACUUCCCGGGUGCUGCCUUCGUGAUCGUCUCCUGCAAAGAGAGCCAACUAGGCUGCCGCAAAGACUCCUCCCUGUACAAAGCCCCAUGGGCGCGGGUUAUGGUUUAUGGCCUUGGUCACAAGGUGCGCAGGAACGGCCAGCUCAACCUGAUGGAGGCGGUGUGCUACCCUCUGGAUGCUUCACCCUCCAACACAGGCCUCACCCCCCCUCCCACUACCAACCAGUUCCCCACUGUCAUCAUCCCCACCGACAAAGUGCACAUCAAACUGGGGGUGUCGCCCCCUCCUGGCGCGGUGCUGGUGCUGCACUCCCUGCCACUGGAGUUCCCCCUGGCUAUGGCGUUUGCUGAGCAGCUGCUGACGUGGAAGCUAGGGGAGAAUAAUGAGCACUCUGAGGAGGAGCUGGACACUGUGCCCUCGUCUGUGCUGCUGCAGGUGGUGGAGCUGCUGGGUGGGCUGUUAUGGACCACAGAUCUGGCCCCCUGCAUCAAGGAACUCUCCUUCCACCUGCUGGCUGAGCUCUUCCGUAAGAUCCACCACCUGGAGCAGCGGAAAAGCCCUGCAGGCCUGUCCAGCUCCAUCGCUCUGUUGCUUAACCCCUGCCUGGCCGUGCUCAUGGCCCUGCAGACAGAGCUCCGCAAGCUGUAUGACCGGGAGACUCAGGGCUGGGUGGCUGCAGGGGCCGGAGCAGGGGGCUCCUCCUCUGGUGGCAGUGGCCUGGCCCUGGGGACUGAGCAGAGCAGAUUCUCCACCUACUUCCACGCCCUGAUGGAGGUGUGCCUGGCUGUAGCUGAGGUCACCGUCCCCCUCAACAUGGGGUGCUCAGGAGUGGGAGCCCUGUCCUCCACCAGUGCCCCUAACCUCAGCGACUCCUCUUCAUCCUCCUCCUCCUCCCCAGGCCAGACCCCCCAGAGCCCCAGCCUGCUCUCCAAGCGUAAGAAGGUGAAGAUGAAGAGGGAGCGUGCGGCAGCAGCAGUGGCCGCAGUGGCCUCAGGGAAGAAGGGUUCUGCUGGAGGGGCUCGUCUGUCAGAGAGCGACAGCGCCCUGCUCAACAUGGCCGGUAGUAAACCUGAGGACAUGCUGUGGUUCCACCGUGGCCUCACCCUGCUCAUGAUCCUCCGUCACCUGGCCAACAAGGAUCCCCAGGGGCUGAGUGUGACAAGUGAUGCUGUGACGGACGCCUGCCAGGCCCUGGUGGGACCUACCGCUCACAGCCGUCUGCUGGUGCUCUCUGGCAUCCCUACCCACCUGGAGGAGGCUGUGGUGCGCAGCGCCAUCCGCAGAGCCUGCCAUGCCCACGGGGGACUCUUCAAGGACGAGAUCUUCAUCCCCCUGCAGGAGGAAGAACCUAAGAAGCCCAAGGCAGGAGCCGGGGUGUCCACCCCUCUGGACGGCAAAGCAGCCCCCGAGCCUGGGCGCCCCUUCCCCAGCAACGAGAGCCCAGACAGCUCCAGCAGCGUGACUCCAGCCAUGAGUGUCUCGGCCUCGGCCUCCACCAGCCAGACCUCCAUCUGCAGCUCCUCUCAGGGGGGCGUGACCCGCACCGCCAGUGAGCUCUCUGUGGACCAGGAGCUGCUGGCUGCCCCACCUCUCACCCCUGUGGCUGCAGCCUCGACCGUCCCCUCCCCACAGCAAGCGCCCCUGGAUCCCCACACGGUGUCCAGCCAGGAGAGCCUGGAUAUCUCCCUGUGCAGCACGGGGAGCCUGGGCAGUCUUGGCAGCCUGGGGGAACCUCUGGACAACGCAGAAAGAGCCUCUGUGUCAGACGGGGGCUCCAUGUACUCCAGCACCUCCAUCUUGGCCCGGCCCAUCAAGGGCUAUGCUGUCAUAGAGGUUCGCGCCCGAGCCAAAGUGGAAAAGAUCCGCGCUAGCCUCUUCAACAGCAGCGACUUGAUUGGCUUAUCCAGCCUGGAGGGUGAGGAGGAGCUGAUGGAGCUGACCAAUGAGGAGAUCCUCACAGCCUCCAGCGUCAACCAAAGCUUGUUUGACACACAGGGUAGCUCCGCCCUUGAGGACUACUUCCUGAACAAGUCUCUCAGAGGGGACAAGUUGGUUCCAAGUGCACGAGACGUGCUGAUGGACAUCUUCAAGAGUUGUGUCCACUCAGAGCAGAUGCUCAGCCUCACACCAGCCAAGCCUGUCAAAGUGUCAGACAUCUACUUGAGCAAGGAGCAGAUCACCUCCCAGACCACUGGAAACCUCCUCCACGUCUUCUUUACUAAUGUACGGCCGCCCAAGAAGGUGCUGGAGGACCAACUGACGCAGAUUCUGCGUAAAUAUGGCACCCCCAAGCCCAACAAGAACAAAUACAGCAAGGCGGGUAAGGAACAGCACGCAGGCAAGGUUGUGAGCACCAAGAGACCAAUCACCAAACCACCCAGCAAGGAGAAGUCUGUGCUCAACAGCGUCAGGACUGCACUGAGUGAGAAGAAGACUGUACUGAAGCCCAAGUCCCCUGAGAAAUCCAGGCCUGAUGAGAAGGACACAGAGAAAUCUCCUGCCAAGAAGCCUGAAGUCCCAGAGGAGAAGUACUUGACUCUGGAGGGCUUCCAUAAGUUUGCUGUGGACCGGGCCAAGCAGGACAUCCGUAGCGUGUGGAGGGCCAUUCUGGCCUGCGGUUACGACCUUCACUUUGAAAGAUGUACCUGUAUAGACACGCGGCAUGCCCAGAAGGCCUGUAGGAGGUGGAGUCUGGAGAUGGACGUAGCGUUGGUUCAGUACAUCAACAGGCUGUGUGGUCACCUGGCCAUCACACCUGCCAGGCUGCACCCCCAUGAGGCCUACCUGGAGCCCAGUGACGUCGCUGACCCACGCGUGGCCUGUCUUCUUAAUGUGCCUGUGGAGAGCCUGCGUCUGCGCUUUGCUCUACUGCAGUCUCUCAACAACACCCUGGAGAGUUUCUUCCUGCCCCUGGUGGAGCUGAGACAAACACACACUUACCAGAACAGCAUCGCAGCACUGCUCUCUGGGGCCAAAGGCCUGGUGUUCUAUGAUAACAAAGUGAUAGUGAUGAACCAGGUGUUGAACGCCACAGUACAGCGGACUGCAGACCACGCUGCCCCCGAGAUCACACUGGACCCUCUGGAGAUUGUUGGAGGAGAGAUCCGUUCCUCAGAGAACACCUACUUCUGCCAGGCGGCACGCCAGCUAGCCUGUGUGCCCUCGUCCCAGCUGUGUGUGAAGCUGGCCAGCGGAGGAGACCCCACCUAUGCCUUCAACAUCCGCUUCACUGGAGAGGAGGUCCACGGCACCAGCGGCUCCUUUCGUCACUUCCUGUGGCAGGUGUGUAAGGAACUCCAGAGCUCCGCCCUCUCCCUGCUGCUCCCCUGCCCCAGUGCAGCAGCCAACCGCAACAAGGGGAAGUAUAUUCUGACGCCCUGUCCGAUCAGCUAUGCGGAGGAGCAGCUGCUGCAGUUCUUUGGCCAGCUGUUGGGCAUCGCCAUCCGGGCAGACGUGCCCCUGCCCCUGGACCUGCUGGGCUCCUUCUGGAAGAGCCUGGUGGGCGAGCCUCUGGACCCAGAGCAGGACCUGCAGGAGGCCGACCUGCUCACAUACAACUACGUCAAGAAGUUUGAGGGUGUGAGUGACGAGGACGAUCUGGAGGCCCUGUGUGCAGAGAUCUCGACCCAGCACCACUCAGGAGAGAGUCCUGACUCCCCCAGCCGGCCCUGCUGCACUUUCACCUACAUCACUAUGACUGGAGAGGAGGUGGACCUGUGCCAGGGGGGUCACAACCUUGGUGUCAGCUGGCAGAAUAAGGAUGUGUAUGCGCGAGCAGUGCGGGGCCUGCGCCUGCGGGAGCUGCAGAAUGUGGAGUGUAUGACAGCGGUGCGAGCGGGUCUGGGCUCCAUCAUCCCCCUGCAGCUCAUCACCAUGCUCAGCCCCCUGGAGGUGGAGCUACGAACCUGUGGCCUGCCCUACAUCAACCUGGAGUUUCUCAAGGCCCACACCAUGUAUCAGGUGGGUCUGAUGGAGACCGACCAGCACAUUGAGUUCUUCUGGAUGGCGCUGGAGGUGUUCACUCAGGAGGAGCUCUGCAAGUUCAUCAAGUUUGCCUGCAACCAGGAGCGCGUCCCCUUCACCUGCCCCUGCAAGGACGGGGGCCCAGACACUGCCCACGUACCCCCCUACCCCAUGAAGAUCGCCCCUGCGGACGGGGGAGCAGGUUCGCCAGACUCUCGCUACAUCCGGGUGGAGACCUGUAUGUUUAUGGUGAAGCUGCCCCAGUACAGCUCCCUGGAUGUGAUGCUGGAGAAGCUGCGCUACGCCAUCCACUACCGUGAGGACCCUCUCAGCGGCUAAAGGGACCUGAUGGAUGGAGUACACCACCUCCAUAUAAAUGCAGCUUCAACACCAACUCUACUAUUUAUUACCCAUACAGCCCCACCUUCUCAACCCCUCUUCUGCCCAACUUUACUUUCACCCUCUCCUGGAACUACUCACAGAACAGAAGGCCAACCUGCUUCACCAAGAAGACACUGAAGCUUUUCUUUUUUCUACUUGUUUUAUGUUUGGCUUUGUGCCCGUGCUUAAUUUCAAAAACAUUCUAAUCAGGUUGAGCAUUUCAGGAGUGUGUUUUGACUAUUUUUUUCAGAGCUGAUGUAGGGGAGUUCAACCCCACUUUCCUUGACACUAACGUUGUUAUCUCUUCUGUUUUGGAGUGGCAGUGAGCUGACUGAUCACUACACACAUAGUGGGAGGGACCUGUGACAGGGCACAUACCCUUUUUGAUUAUAGGGAAAGUUACUCUCUUCCACCUUAUUUCCCCUCACUUUUCUCCCCAUCCCUCGUUCAGAGGACUUGGUGUGGUCUUCUAGUUAGUUCUUACUGCUUCCCUCCCACCCUUCCAGAGGGUACUCUUUCUAAGGCAUGCCUUUACCACAAGCACCUCCUCCUCAAGAAGGGGAGAGGGAGGCUCUGUGUGAAAAGGAAACUCAAAAUAUUCAAGGCUUGUGCAUUGUUUGAUGUUUGACAUAGAAGUCCACUUAAUAUCUAAAAGGAACUCUACGAAUUUUUUACCAGGUCAGCUCUCUGCAGUCAAAACGUUGACAAGCACUCUAUAUGACAUUAUAUAGUUACUGCCUGUAAAGAUGGACUGCUAAAAGACAUAACUAACUAUCAGCCUAUAUUUACAGUGAAUAUGGUUUAUUUAAGUCUAUAAAGAGGGUAUGUAUAUAAGUCUUGUAAAAAGUCAUAUUAAUCUAUUACGUGAGGUUGCAGUUUUGAGUUUUGAAACUAUCCUAGUAGCCGUGGCAGCAGGGUAAGGUCAGGUACACUGAAGUUGGACUAACAGACUAAAGCUCUACCUGGUUGUCAAGUCUGGCUUUCUGGGUUGCCUGGUCUGCUAUACUUGCAUUUCAGGUUGUGAAACUUGUGUUGCUUUGUGAAAUUUGAGGGAGAUGUUGUUAUCCCGAGCUGCCCUCCCACACUGCUUGUGUGCUACUGAAUGUGUUUCCCGAAUCCCCCCGCCAAACACACACAAUCCACUCACCAGGGGGUCUAGCCUUUUUAUAUAUUUCCUGUGAUGAAUGAGCAGUGGUUCUGCUGCUUUUUUGUUUGUUUUAUUUGACCCAUAACCAAAAUGUUUUAGCUGUGUGAAGACUUCACAGAAGAAAACAUGUAAAUAGACUUCUACAUUAUAUUUGAUGGCAGUUUUUUUUUUUAUUACUGCUUCACUUCAACAAUUUUCUUUUUUUUUUUUUUUUUCUGCGAUAUUCUUCCAGGGAAAAAAUAUGAUUAUAAUGAUAUAUCUAGGAUAUUCUUUAUUGGAUAUCCAGUUGGUUGGGUUUUGAUUUUUUACCAAUUUUGAAAUGACUAGUUAUAUGUCACCUUAAUGUCUUGGAACUCAGAUGGAUUAUAUCGCUCAUUCUCUUCUACUCCAUGGUGAAACAUGUUUUCUUGUGUGAGUUAAACAGCCAUUUGACUUGGAUGGGACUUGAAGAACACAAUGAGAGCUACCACAAAAUAUUUAAGAUGGAUGUUUGGAUUGCUUGCCAAAUUAGUUUGGUUUUGUUCUUUUAAAGGGUAAAUCGCUGCUAACAAGGACACUCUCUUUCUGUUCUUACCUCCUUUUGGAGGAUUUGAAUAGACCAUUAAAACGGACAUAUUCAUACAAAGGGGUGUUGCGAUAAGAAAAUGUGUGCUGUACAUUUACUUGAUAUUUAUUACAAUUAUUUAUGUUUGCAUUAACUUAACUUUUACUGUCUUACCUCUGCACAUCAGAAACAUAACACAGAUCUCUAAAUGGAUUAUAGAGGGGUAAAGAAUAAGAUGGCGUUUGAGAUUUCUGUGUCACAAUAAAACAUUUCUUGAUGUAA